AUGGCCGACGGCUCGACAGCUCCCUUGGUUGUUGAUACAUCCGAUCGCCCACAUACUCCGACAUUACCCACCCCUCUUGGUUCCAAGACGCCGCCCACGAUAUCUUCUAAGCGCUUUGGAGAAAAGGAGGAAGGCAUGUCCGCCAUUCAACGAGCCACCGAGGCCAUGGAAGCCGACGCCCUGACUCGGCGGCUAAAAGAAAUCGAGAAUGCUGGAAGGCAGCGCGACAGGACCCCAGGACGCAGUCCUAGUCGUAAGAGACAGCGGAUUUAUGGAGAUCGAUUCAUACCGAACAGAGAUGGGCAGGACCUACAAGCGAGCUACAGCUUGUUGCAUGAUGAUGCCUCCCCAGCGACACCUUCAAGAUCAAAGAAGAAAACCCCUCAUGGCGAACUACACUUUCAGAGGACCGAAGAAGCGAACAGAACAUAUUCCAAAGUGCUGCGCAAUGAGCUGAUGGGUGAUUCAGUCCCGCAAGACUACAGAUCUUUGUCCCCAGAUGAAUUGUUCGGUCGACGACAAACUCCUCCGGGCCAGCCAUCCAUAUCAGCGAUGCCUCCUGCCUCCAUUACCCCUACAACCCCUCAUAAGAAUAUGUUCUCCUACAAGUCCCCACAGAAGGUCAUCGGCUCUGGCCAUCCCACUCCCUCAUCUCGAGCCGGAAAACACCCUGGAAUCAUAAAUCUGAAUGCGAGGUCGGAUCUAUACUCCAUAUCGCCCAUCAACUACUCAUCGCAGUCGAUAUUACAAACACCACGGAAACAACCUCGGCCAAUUGCGAAGGUCCCUUACAAAGUGCUGGAUGCUCCUGAGUUGGCGGAUGAUUUCUACCUGAAUCUAGUGGAUUGGGGAUCGGCGAACAUUCUUGGUGUAGGGCUCGGAUCAUGUGUUUACAUGUGGAACAGUGCGACUGGCAAAGUCACACAGUUAUGCAAGUUGCCUGACAAUGAUUUGGUGACAUCUGUGGCGUGGAUUCAGCGGGGUUCACAUCUGGCAAUUGGGACACACAAGGGGUUCGUCCAGAUUUACGAUGCCGAAAAAUCGAGAAGGCUACGGACAAUGACCGGUCACUCGGCACGAGUCGGAGCGCUAGCAUGGAAUGAACACAUCUUGACGUCCGGCUCGAGGGAUCGUUUGAUAUAUCAUCGAGAUGUUCGCAGCCCGGAUCAACACCUGCGAAGAUUGGCAGGCCACAAGCAAGAAGUUUGUGGUCUGCGUUGGAACACUGAAGAUGGCCAGCUCGCUUCAGGCGGAAACGACAACAAGCUGUGCGUCUGGGAUAAACUCUCAGAUACGCCCUUGUAUCGGUUCUCGAACCACGUCGCAGCCGUCAAGGCAAUUGCUUGGAGUCCUCAUCAACAUCACCUAUUGGCUUCCGGUGGCGGAACAGCAGAUCGGUCGAUCAAAUUUUGGAACACCGCAAACGGGUCCCUCAUCAAGGAAGUUGACACAGGAAGUCAGGUGUGCAAUUUGGCCUGGAGCAAGAAUAGUGACGAAAUUGUCAGUACGCAUGGCUACAGUCAGAACCAGAUCGUGGUGUGGAAGUACCCCAAAAUGGAGCAGGUUGUCAGUCUUACCGGACAUACCUUUCGUGUCCUUUACUUGAGCACGAGCCCAGACGGGACAACCGUCGUGACUGGGGCGGGAGACGAGACACUUCGAUUCUGGAGGGUGUUUGGCAAGAAGGGGAAUGAAGGCAGAAAUAGCGAUGGUAUUUCUGGGCGACUGGGCGACUGGGGUGCGAUUCGGUAA